GGUGUGCAAUGGAAAUGUUGGUCGCCGAGUGAGCUAUAGGAAGAAGACCAGAAGAAAGAAAGUCAUUGUUCGCUCUCUCAGCGGGCGAACAAUCUGCUGCGUACGUUGUGGCAGGAAAGCCAGCGGAUAUGCGGUCUCUGGUGGAAGCGGUGUAUAUCGUUUGCCCUGGUGCACUCUGUAUGUUUUUGCCGGAUGAGUUGUUUGCGAAGGUGGUGCUUGUCGAGCCUGGAGUGGACGAGUCAGAAUACUCGGAUGGUAUGUUUUUAAUGGACGCUGGGAGAGCGUGCGAGACAGAGGGAGGUAUGUUCGCGGCCGGAGUGAUAUCCUUCAUAAGAAAGUACUCCAACUCCCUCUCACUGAAAACGCGUCGCGAUGCGACAUUCAUUCUUGGGAAUGGACGUCGUGAUGCGACAUUCAUUGUUGGGAAUGGACUUGUGGGUAUCUGAAAAGGCGCUGAAGUGGAUAUUUAAG